AUGUUGAACAGCAGGAGUGGUCGCACCCCUGCUCGUACCUCUCAAGUCCAUGCAAUUCCAUCGGUAUUUGCAACAAAGACCACACCUACGAUCCCAUCAGCAUCGGCGGGAUAUGAUCCACUCGUCAAAGCAGUAUUGCAGCGUCGCUUGGUUUCCGAAAUCUUUGUGUACAGCGCCUUCUUCUGCUGGGGUGCCGCCUUCUGCUGGUCGAUAUGGGGAAGCGGCGGACUCGUGCACAAGCUGUUUGCUUCACUGCUGUACGCUUCCACAUUCUGGAUAGUAGGAGCUCUUCCCAGCAUCAUUCUGCGGAAACGCUACGUUACAGCUGACUCUAGCAUCGCGAAUUCCCCUUCAAAGACCGUACGGCAAGCGCUAUGCAAGCCAAUCACCUUUCAUGCUCUACUCACCCACGUCGCUUCGGCCAUUCUGAUCGCGACGAUCCACGCGUUCGUGUCUUCCGAAGCAAAACUGACACUGUUUGUCAAAUCCAAAAAGCACCCGCACUACUUAAACGGUCGGCUAAUUUUUCUGCUCUGCUCUCAAGUAUUGCUGGCUUCAGCUUUCACCAUGCGCAACGCUAUGCUUGAUCGCUACUUGCUUCGUUCAAGCGUGCGACAACCAUUUGCCCUUGUUAACAUCGCCAAAACAGUGGCCGUUGCAAGACUGCUGACGACCAUAACAGUCGCUCUGUCAAUGGCAGCUAUAGCCCUUGCGAAGGUGUUCAUGUUGCCCGUGUUGUAUCGCGUUCCUUUCGCUUCGUUGCUUCUGAGGCCAUUUGCAGGGCAUUUCAUGCGCUCGUCCAUCAUCUCCCUCCUUCCAUCGCACCAUCUUGCAACGAUAGUUCAGGCCUGGUCUCUGGGUUCUGUCACCGUGGAUGUAUGGGAGUUCUCAAACGCCCUCUUCGACUUCUACGUGCCCAUGCCCGUCCGUAUUGGACUUGCCUCCGCAGACCCUAUCGUAACGCUUGUCUCUGGCGCCACUUCCACCGACAAAAUCAUCAAGCAAUUUGCAUACGCCGAACUUCAAGACAUCGCCAGCAGCGAUUCGCCCACUGCGAGUGCCCAACGGACGGCCCUAUUUAACGACCAGAAAUUCAUGCCUAGUUUGUGGAGCUCUCUCACCAGGGAAAGCCUCAUCACGCUUGGACACGACUACCAACACUUUAUACGCAAAGGCGCACCAGCUCCGCCACCGCCUACAGCCCCAGCCGCACCAAGAGCCACAGACCCUAUCCUUCCUUCCACCCCCAAGAAACUUAUACAAAAACCUAUCUACCAAUCGGCAAGACAGUCACCGAUACACAACGUCAUUGAUUCGCUGGCCGCAGAUGGGUCUUUCGCCCAAGCGAUUGAGGAGACGCACGUUCCUGACGUCUUCCGCUCGGUGACGAACGCCGUUGUCGAGCCAGCUAAUGCAGCUGCCAAGCACGAGGUGCAGAAGGUUCGUGAAGCUGGGAUGAGUUUCUUGGGCCACCUCAAGAGUCAAGCGGGAGGCGUAGUCGCGGGCGCGAUGACACAAUAUGCCCCUGCCCGAGUGAACGAUUUCUUGGAGACGUGUCGUGCAUGGUGGACAAAGGAGAGGCUGGGAAAGGUUGUUGAAGGAUAUCUGCCCAACAGGCAGCUUGACGUCUUGAUUGUUCAAGUGUUGACACAUCUCGUCUGCGCAUCCCUGACGGAAGACCGGUACGGAGUCGUGCAGAGGGACAUCCCGAAAAUUCUAGAAGCAAUGUUAUCCUUCCUCUCCGAGAUCGAGGUAUAUCAGAAAGAGGUCAACGCUUUGUACACGCCACCACCAACGAACGUGCGUUUGAGCGUGAAAGAGUUGGACGAGAGCGAGUUUGUUCGGGGACAGGUAGAGAGAGCCGGGGAGGUGCUCGGCGAAGUUGGAGACGCGCUGAAGGAUGGCGUUGCCAGUAUAGUUCGUACAUUUGGAGACAAACUAUUAGCCUUCAAGUUCCCGCCAAAGACAGCGAGCAAGCUCCAAGGCUUCAUGGACUAUUGCUAA